AUGGAAAUAAUGAGUAAUAUUCAACGAAAAGGAUUACCUCGUUCUCUUCAAUUCCAACGUAUGGAACGUAUUGUCAAAGCCAUGCAACAUCCAACAGCAGGUGUACCUGUUCGUAGUCAAAAAUUAUUUCUUACAACAGUACCAAAUGCAUUUACCGGUGGUGAUGUAACAGAAUGGAUUAUGGAAAAAUUAAAUGUCAAAGAUGCUGCUGAAGCUCUUCAUCUUGCUUCAUUAUUAUGUUAUUAUGGUUAUUUUUUUCAUAUAACAACAAAUGGAGCUGUACAAAUCAAAGAAGAUAAUGAAUUAUUUCGUUUUCAAGCACCCUAUUACUGGGUUUCAACUAAUUGGACAACAGGCAAUAUUGAAUAUGCUAUUUAUUUAUUAAAACGAACAUUAAGAAAUCGACAACGACAUGGUCUUGAAGAACAUGAAAUAUAUGCAUUAGAGGAUCUUAAAAAGAGAUUACUUCAUCAAUGGGAUUUUGUUACAAUGCAAGCCGAAGCUCAAUUUCGCGUACUUAAAGAUCGUAAAAAAACCGAUAAAACAAUAAUCGAUAGUCAAGAACGAGCAUUUUGGCGUGUUAUGCGUCCUUCACCGGAUGAAGCAUCUGUUCUUGAGAUGGAUAUUCGAAAUGAUUUAUAUACACAUCGAUCAAUGAGACGUGAAGAAGCAUUAAAACGUCGUCUUGAAUACCUUCAACAGGCAUUAACCAAUCGAGUACGCACAAAAUCAUCACAAACACAUCAAAGUUUAUGUGCAUUUUUUGAAGUAUUCAGUGAUUAUGAUCCAUUCUUGGGACAUUGUUUACCAUCAAAUCCAUGGCUAACAUCAGAUACAGAUCGAUGGGAUCUCACGCAACCUUUAGUUGAUAAUCCAACACAACUUCGUGUACGUCGUUGGUCAUUUAAUUGUAAAGAACUUUUAUCAGAUCCAACAGGUGUUCGAGAAUUUAUGAAAUUUUGUCAAGCUGAUUUUUCAACUGAAAGUCUUAAUUUUUAUUUAAAUGUACAAGAAAUACGUAAUUGUCCAUUAUCAAAAAUAAAAGAAAAAGCUGAAGUUGUUUAUCGAGAACAUUUAGCACCAAAUGCACCACAAGAAGUUAAUAUUAAUGAUACAAUAAGAACAAAAAUUAUUAAAAAACUUGAUAAUCCAAAUCGUGAAAUUUUCUUAGAAGCAGAAAAACAUAUUGUUGAAUUAAUGAAAAAAAAUAGCUAUCCACGUUUUAUACAAUCGGAAUAUUAUCGUAAUCUUUUACAAAAUGCAUCGAAUCCAUUACCAAAGAAAGCAGGAAUAUUUCAUUUUGUUAAAGAUAAUUAUUUUCGAACAUCGGAAAGUAGUAGUGAUGAUGAAUAUGAUUCAGAUGAAUCACCUAGAAAAGGUGAUCAUCUAUCGAUACAUGCUCAAAAUAAAUCUCAACCACUUAUUGGAACAUUAGUAAGUUCAGCAGCUGUUGCAACUGCCGUAGUUGCAGCAACAUCUGCAUCAAUUCAUGCAUUUACUACUGAGGGUAAAAGGCUUUCUUUACGUAAUCCAGCGGUAUCAAAAUAA